AUGAAGCGCAGCUUCACCCAAAUGACCGACCUGCCCGCCGGCUCGUCGCCGCACCCGCAGGAGCGGCCCCAUGCGCCGCACCCGCCGCAGUCGCAACCCCUCUCCGCCUCGACGCCCGACCACACGCCCAAGAUCUCGCGCAAGAUCCGAGCCUGCAAGGAGUGCCAGAGCCGCAAGGUCAAGUGCGACAUCGCCGAGGGCAGCAAUGGCGGCAGCAACCCGUGUGCGCGCUGCCGCCGCCUCGGCCUCAAGUGCGUCAUCAACAAGAGCUUGCAGACGCUGCUCGAUGACGAGAACGAAUGGAAGAGGUCCAUGGAGAUCAAGUACGAGCAGCUCCAGCACGCCGUCUCCGACCUGCUCCACCGCAACAACCUGCCCAGCCUCGAGUCCCUGUCCAGCUCCCAGUCCAGGAACGACUCUGCCUCGCCCGCCCUGGCCAAGGUGACUCCCCAGACCAACGCCGCCAACAGCCAGCCCUCUUCUGGCCCCACCCCUCCCCACUCAGAGUACCAAUCACCCCGGACCCGCAGCGUCCCCGGCAUGGCCAUGACCAGAGACAACUCACCCGAACCGCCAGGCAAAGAGGAGCCCGACGAGGGCGCCAUGACAUCCGGCCCCAUGGCCUCGCUUUUCGAGGUCACCAAGCUCAAGAACCUCCGCAGCAGCAAUUCUGAGCGCCUCGACGGCUCAAGACGCAACCAUACCGCCACCGACAUCAUUGCCCAGGGCAAGAUCUCCGAAGCCCAGGCCGAGGAGUUCUUCGCCCGCUUCAAUGCCUCGCUGAACCAGUACAUCUGGGGCGGCGUCGCCAUGGUCCACGACAACCUGCAGUCCGUCAGGGAGUCUUCUCCGCUCCUCCUCACCGCCAUCCUCUCCGUCACUGCUCUGCAUGUCCCCGAUGCCGAUCAGAUCCUCGACGUCUGCUACAACGAGUUCCUCGCCCUCGUCUCCGAGUCCAUGUUCGAGAGGCACCACUCUCUGGACGAUGUCCGCGCCCUCUGCAUUGGCGCUUUCUAUCUUUCCGAGGUGAGCUGGAAGCUCUCUGGCCACGCCGUGCGCAUGGCCACGGAGAUGCACCUGCAUACUGCCUACUCCAAGGCCAUCAUGGGCUCUAUGGAUGCCAUUGAGCGUGCUCGCCUGUGGUACCUGCUCUACGUGUGCGACCACCACUUCUCCUUGGCCUACAACAGGCCGCCGGUCAUCCAUGAAGACGAGUCGGUCUCUGAUCACGAGAGAUUCCUUUCCCUUCCGACCGUCACCAACGCCGAUCUCCGCCUCCAGUCUCAGGUGGGCGUCUUCAAGAUCCUUAGCAGGGUCUUCAACAAGUUCGGCCAUGACAGCGACAGGCCAAUCACCAUGGACGAUCUUCCAGCCAUCAGGUCUUUUAACGCCAGUCUCGACGAGUGGAAGAACACCUGGGAAUCGCGUCUGGCCCCCAACCCGUAUAUCGAUACAUACCCUGCCAAAGGCUGCACGCUCCACCUGAGCUUCGCCAAGCUGCAGCUCAAUGCCAUCUGCCUUCGUGGUGUCUCUACCCUCAGCCUCACGGAUCCUCGCCGCGAGUUCAUCAACAUGGCGGUCGAGAAUGCCACGACGUGCCUCAGCUUCGUGCUGGACGAGCCGGACAUCCGCAAAGCCAUUGUCGGUGUUCCGCUGUACCUUUCUACCACCAUCACCUUCUCGACCGUGUUCCUCAUGAAGGUGCACAGCAACUGGCGGUCAGCACAGCUGAACACCAACUUUGGUUUGAUUGUCGACCUCGUGCAGCGCGUCAUCAAGCUCCUUAGUGACGCUAAGGCGGGCGAUCGCCACGUCUCUACGCACACUGCCCGUGGGCUUGCUCACAUGCUCAAGAAGUUCAGGGAUCGCGAAGCGCGCGUCAUGCACGCUCACGCCAAGCGCAACCCCUCAAUCAACACUACCAUCAGCAACGGCAGCAUCAACACUCCGCAGGCGAUGUCGCCCGUCGACGCAACCAUGGUCUGGCCGCCGCCCUCAUCUCACCCAUCGGAGAUUCCAAUGUCGUGGGCGGGCAGCAGCCUCGACUGGUUCGGACCUGACGAGCAGUACCUCCCGGCGGGCGUGUUUGACGCCGUUGCUUCUUCUCUCCCCGUGGUUGGCUGGCCAUUGAACAGCCCCCCAUCGAGCGAGAGCUUCAAUUCGACGCCGCGCAUGCCACCAGUCAGCAACCCUGCGACCAGCUGGCCGAUGAGCAGUUCCAACGCCACGUAUCUGGCGGGCAUCCCAAGCUGGACUACGGAUGAUGGCAGCGUGCGCAGCGCAGUCGCAACGCCGGUGCAGCAGGCCAGGUGCGCGGCGAGCGUAACGUCGGCGGUGAGUGCGACAGGCACACCGGUCAGCAGCUGGCUUGCAGACAACCCGAACCAGCCGGCCUGGGUGGAAGACUAG